AUGGUUCGAAUAACGAAAAUGCGCAAGGAAUUAAUGCGUGUUGGCAUUCUUACAGAAUGCGGACGAUUUAAUAUCAAUAUUAAUGGUCGAAUAAUCAAAACGAAGAAGUCUUCUGCAGUUUGUUUCUCAGAUUUAAUCCAAGAAAAAUGCGUUCUUAAUAAAAUAAUGAGUUCUUAUGAAACAAAUCUAGAUUUAAAAUGUGAAGAUUCAAUCGACAUACUUUCAGAGUUUCUUGAAACAGGAAAACUUGAAUUUGAAGAAGAUGAAUCACAUUACCAUGAUAUAUUUGAAAUAGGAAAACAUUUUGGAAAUCAGCUAUUCAUUCAAUUAUAUUCCGAACAUGUUAAAUUAAGCAAAUCUAUUACAAAAGAAAACGUUUUUCAAAAGCAUCAAAUUUCAGUUUUAGAAAAUGAUAUUAAAACAGAAAACGAAUGCAUUAGAUUCAUUUCAUCACACUUAUAUUGUCUAGAUGACAAAGAUAUCAUUGAACAUUUCACAAGAAAUGGCUAUGAAUUUUGUGAAAAAAUCAUUACCUCUGACGAAUUAAAGAUCGACAACGAAGAUCACUUGUCCUUCUUACUUUUAGAAAUCUGCAAGAAUAAUGCUUUAUUCUUUGAUUUAUUUAGAUACGUCAAAUUGGCAUUUUGUUCACGCGAAAUUUAUGACGAAAUUUAUAACUAUUCUAUUGAGCAUUCAUUCGAAAGAGUUCUUCUUUCUAUAUAUAACGAAACAUUAAAGAAUUAUCAUUCAAAUCUCAGAGAAAAUAUAGAAAUCUCAAAUGAACCUAUUUCAUCAUUUGAAAAACCUAUAAUCAAAAAUCAAUUUACUAUAGCAAAUAACUCUUUUAAUAUAAAUGAAAUUGUAAAAGCUUCUGAGAAAAUUAAGAUGGAAUUUACAGCUUCAUCAUGUCAUGAUGGAAAUUUAUCAGAUAUAAAUUCUUAUAGAAAUGAUGCUUAUUACUAUACUAGUGAUCUUCCUAAUUCAUGGAUAAAGACUGAUCUAAAAGGAUAUAAAUUAAAGCCAACAUCUUAUGUUUUACAAUCAAACGUAAGGUGGGGUGAUAAUUUAUUGAGGAGAUGGAAGUUAGAAGGAAUUAAAGAAAAUGGAACAAUUGUUAUAUUAGAUAGUGAUAAAUACUAUGAAUUUAAACAAGGAGAAAUCAAAGAAUUCCCACUUCAAACAAACGAAUAUUUUGUAUCUUUCAAAUUAACUCAAAUAGGAAAGAAUGCAAGCAAAAGAGAUUUUUUAAUUGUUAUGAUUUUUGAUUUCAAAGGUGUAUUAGCAAUAUUAUAA